GCUUAUGGAUCGGUCGGUUGCUAUAGCGCGAAUACCAGCACUCUCGUUCUCUCUUCUUCCCCCUCUCGCUCACUCCACCUGUGCCACCCUCUCGUCGGGGGUAAGAGAAUCUCGAGUGUUAUAUCAAUGGAGUCGGCCGGGAGUAGUCGUACGGCCAAGUGGUUUUUCGCUUUAUCGCGACGGAAAUGGCGCGCUACUCGACCUUGAGAACGUCUGGAGACACUCGAGAGGGAUUCCGUUCGAGCGACGUCGGUUGAUAAGAGCUGACGAAAAAUCGAGCGGUGGUGGUGGAUAGUGGCUGCGACACUGCCGGGCUUUUCGGGUGGUUUUCCCGACCGACAGUGAAAGGAUAUGUCUGAAUGGGUGGUGUUUGCUCGUGCCGCGUUGGUCGCGGCAGCCAGGUCAACGCCGGCUCGAUCCUCGACCGCGUGAUCAGUCAGGCGAGCAACGAGGACCAAUGCUUACUGUAUCGGCUGGCGAACUACAAGAAGGGCGGCGAGCUGAUCGAGGCGUACAAUCAGGGCGGCCAGCCGGAGGUGGAGAAACUGAUCCGCGAGCAAUUCGGUAUUCUGAUGUAUGCGGACGGUAAGGGCCAGACGAUCAAUCGCGCCGAGUAUCUACGUUGGAAAUUCCGCGACCUCGAGCAGGUCGUCCUGCCGAUCGAGGCCUCGCUGUCGCAGUUCGACCCGCUGGCGCAGUGGAACGAUCACGAGGCAUGCUGGCAGAUGCAGUACAGAGGCUCGCUCGGCGAGACCCUGUUGCACGUUCUCAUCAUAUGCGACACGCGGAUGCACACCAGAAUAGCGCGCAUAAUGCUCAAGUGCUUUCCGCGACUGGCCAUCGACGUCGUCGAGGGCGAGGAGUAUCUCGGCGCGGGCGCGCUUCACCUAGCGAUCGCCUACAACAACAACGAGCUCGUGCAGGACCUGGUCGAGGCGGGCGCGAUUAUCUCGCAGCGGGCCAUCGGCAGCUUCUUCCUGCCGCGCGAUCAGCAAAGGAUGAACCCCGCCAGAAAUACCGAUUACGAAGGCCUUGCCUACCUGGGGGAGUACCCGCUCGCCUGGGCCGCCUGCUGCGCUAACGAGAGCGUCUACAACCUGCUGCUUGAUUCCGGCGCGGAUCCUGACGAGCAAGAUUCUUUCGGAAAUAUGAUUUUGCACAUGGUCGUAGUUGGUGAUAAAUUGGACAUGUUCGGCUACGCACUGCGACAUCCGAAGCUUCCUGCUCGCAACGGAAUCGUGAAUGCCGCGGGCCUGACCCCGUUGACACUCGCCUGCCAGCUGGGGCGUGCCGAGGUCUUCCGUGAGAUGCUGGAGCUGUCCGCGCGGGAGUUCUGGCGUUACAGUAAUAUCACUUGCGCGGCGUACCCUCUCAAUGCCCUCGACACGCUGCUACCCGACGGCAGAACAAACUGGAACUCUGCGCUAUUUAUCAUUCUGAACGGUACGAAGGAGGAGCACUUGGACAUGCUGGACGGUGGUAUUAUUCAGCGAUUACUUGAGGAAAAAUGGAAGACCUUCGCGCGAUUGCAGUUCCUGAAGCGAUUGAUUAUCUUGGUGUUUCACCUGGCCUCGCUGUCCUUAGCCGUGUACUUCAGGCCCGCGGGCAUGGAGGCCGUGCUGCUGCAGUGGCCCGAGGAGAUAACGGACGUCGUCCGCACCGCGGCGGAGUGCAUCACCGUGCUGGGCGUGCUCAAUUACAUCCUGGUGCAGCUGGGCGGCGAGAUGGUCAACAUCGGCCCGCUGUCGUUCCUGAAGCAACUGAGCCACGAACCGGCCAAGUUGAUAUUCGUGAUCAGCAAUCUGCUCAUUCUCGCGUGCAUUCCAUGUCGUAUCGCCGGCGAUCGGCACGCGGAGGAUGCGAUACUGGUGUACGCCGUGCCGGGCUCAUGGUUUCUUCUUAUGUUUUUCGCCGGGGCGAUUCGAUUGACUGGUCCGUUUGUCACAAUGGUGUACAGCAUGAUAACGGGCGACAUGCUGACCUUCGGUAUUAUCUACACGGUCAUGCUCUUCGGAUUCUCGCAAUCGUUUUACUUUCUUUACAAGGGAUUCCCCGGGGUGAAGUCAUCUCUCUAUCACUCCUACCCUUCGACCUGGAUGGCGCUGUUUCAGAUAACCCUUGGCGAUUAUAACUACGCGGAUUUGAGUAACACGACCUACCCCAAUUUGAGCAAGGCCGUCUUCGCGAUUUUCAUGGUGCUCGUGCCUAUACUGCUGCUCAACAUGUUAAUCGCCAUGAUGGGCAACACAUACGCGCACGUUAUCGAGCAGAGCGAGAAGGAAUUCGUCAAGCAGUGGGCAAAAAUCGUCGUCUCCUUGGAACGCGCCGUAUCCCAGAAAGACGCCCAUAAUUACCUGCAGGAGUACAGCAUCAAGCUGGGACCCGGCGACGACCCGAACAAUCCCGUGUCGGAACAGAGGGGCGUGCUGGUUAUUAAAAGCAAAUCGAAAACCAAAGCGAAGCAGCGUAAGGGCGCCGUGGCUAAUUGGAAGCGAGUCGGAAAAGUCACGAUACACGAAUUGAGAAAACGAGGUAUGACUGGCGAGGAACUCCGUCGUAUAAUGUGGGGCCGCGCGUCCUUCUCUACUCCUGUACGAGUCAGUCCCAAUGCCGACCAACCGCAAGUGUCGGCAGUUACUGCAGGUUUUGGUGAUGCGUUAACCGCAGCUUUGGACGUAAUGGCCUUUGCACAUGACUUUGACUUAUCCACCGCGACGGAGGGCAUACCUACAAAUAUCGACGCGAAGCAGAUAAAGACGACGACACAGUCGAAAGCCGCUCUCAACGAGCAGCAGACGAAAACAACCCCAGAUAACCCAGCAGCGGUGGCGAGUGUGCAACCACAUAAACAACCAAUUGAGGAGCAAACUAAAUUAUCAGGUCUCACGGAUUUAGUCGACAAGUCUAUCGAUCCUGCGAAAGACGUGGAGGCAAUGAACGUGAAAAAUACGAAUCAAACAAAAGCGCUGAAAGAGGCCGCGGAAGAUCCGUUUCUGGAGCUCGCUAUCGCUUCCGAGUCUGCAGCAGAUUACAAAACUCUACUGCAAAUGGCCAAGUCCGCCCUGGCCACAAGCGAAGCUUCAAUGAAAACCACGAUCGACCCGCAAAUUCUAGCACAUUUCGCCAUGGUCGCCCCGCCGACCGCUGAGAAAUCUACCAUCGUUAAGAAGCAAUAUUUCAUUGAGUCCAGCGACAAUGACCUCGGCGGAAGUCACCUGCUCGGCACCGAGGCUCGCCUUCGAAGGAUAAAAUCCGCGAACAACAGAUACAACGCCACGUCGAAACGGCCGCGUCGCGUCGACGACGACGACAGUUCCUCGUCUACGACGUCCGUCGAGCGGAGUCAGCGAUAUCGACCGCUGCUGAAUGAUCCGGAAGAGAGACCGGCGAAUCGUGACGAGACCGAAGGACGAAACACCGCUGUUGAAACAAUUAAGCAGGAGGUCAAGCAGAACGGUGGCAUUCCCACCAAACCGCCCGAUAAAAUCCAAAAACGUCGGCCGAAAACGGCCAAGAACAGGGUAUCGCCCAAGGAAAUUGAAGAGCCGGCGAGGAGAAGGGAAUCGAUUGAGCGGAAUAAGGCGGCCUCACCGCCGACGUCGUCCUCGGAUCCGCUCGAGCCGUGGAGCACGCGUGGCAUUACCGACAUGAACACGAUACUGGCCUGGCGGGAGAACGCACCGGACAGCCCUUAAUAUGACUUUAUGACAUUUCGCGCUGCACCGAUCACGGGCGACGUCAAUGUCAACGCCGUGGAGGGUCACGCACGUGUAUGAUCUCGGCGACAAAGAGAUCCCACGCCCGAGCGAAGCCGCUUUAUUUUGAAUACCGCGCAAAAGUCAAGUUUCAAAAAGGUCUAGACACGCGCGACAGGCAUUACGCGCGCUUUAUUUAAUUCCGCGGCACGCAAAGUCGGUCUCUAGCGUAUCCAAAAGCUGUACAUAAAUGUAGCUGUCCGAUUUAGAAAUAAGCAGAAGGCACACACUGUCGUUAUGAUAUUAAUACUCGCAAGAGCGUAAUAACCGGCGAGUCAAAUUAAUCGACAAUACCUUUUUACGUAUGUAAAUCGCUUGGGCUUAUCGUUUUUCCGGGCGGAACUUUGAAACAUAGAUUAGUGUUGCAUAAAUUAGUUUUCGGCGAUACCACGUGGCGCUUAGCGUAAAAAAGAGCUUUCGCGGGGAGUGUAUAAGCUCGAGCUAACCAGUUUGCAAAGAUAUACGAUCGAUUCAAAGCGAUUUGCAUAUAUAGCGCUAUUGUGUGUAUAGGUACUGUUAAUAUAGGUAUUACUCAAUCUUACUCGCGGGGCGCGUAUCUCAUUAUGGAAAACAUGCCGCCAAGUAACAGGCUUCCGUAUGAUAAUUAUUAAAGUAAACACAUAUGCCGGGGACCAAAUGACGUUAACUCACCGUUACGUAAUUUCCAACGGGGUUGCAUGAGAUGAGAAAUUUUCUCAUACGUGUACAUAUCUGUUAAAAUAAGCCACUGAGGAAUUUCUCAAGGAUACAGAACGGUUAUGCGGCGCGGGCAACUUACCCGCCCGCUUUACACGGUAUUUCCAACUUUGUUCAAGGAGAUUCCAGAUUUUUACUCUUGCGAAAUUUGCCAAUUACGCGAUUAAAAUGUUAGGUAGCAAGUUAGCGGCUUCGCAGACUGCGCAAUAUUGUGCGAGAAUAGCAACUUGUCCGCUGGCAAUACCGUUGUCUUAAUUUCUGCAUUAUAUAUAAGGAUUAGAAUAAUAUUAAAAAUAUAUCCCACCCGUUGAAGGCAAAAAUAUCCUCAGAUACUUGUGUCCGAUUUCUGUGUGCGAACGUUCGCCUAUACCUGGUUAUUUGUAUGUAAAAUACGUACGAAAUAAACUAUUUUCAAGUCGGUA